ACCUCUCUCACACAACGUCAGUCUGAGAUCUUGUGGUGCGGGGAACGUACGUGGAGGACAGGCAAUUCCGAGCUGCCAUCGCUAAAAAUUUCACUCUCUCGCUCUCUCUCUCUUUCUCACUCCCUGUCAAGUGGCUUUCCCGCAGCCGCGAAGGAAUCUGGAAUCUGUUGUUUUUUUUUAAACGGCGUUGCGUGUAAAGGGAGAGAGAAAACGUGCGGACGAGGGGGACGAACUUCAUCUAAACCUCCUGUUCGCAUUACAAGUGAGAUUCGCUGAUACUAUAAAGUUGGAAGAUGACUGUGGUUGGUCAGACACAGGGUAGUCAGGACAGUGCCGAAGAUGGCUCUGGAGGAGGUUCUGAACCCCCUGAACAAAUGCAACAGAGAAUAGCCACCUUGAAUAACAACAAUAACUACAGAAAUAACACACAGCCCCCAGAGUACCCAUGUAAUGAUGUGUGUGUCCGCUGUGGUAAAAAGGUAGCAGAGCUAGUUGUCGGUAAUGUGGAGAACCAGUCCACAGACACUGUAAAUGAAUGUCCCUGUGAAUGUCAUAAGCAGCUUUACCACCCACUCGCAGAGCCCCUCAUAGCCACUCAAGAGUCUCAGCCAAGUCCUCCCGUCCAGUCCAGCGUGGGAGUUGGGGCCUCGCAACCCGGCGUGCAAGGACUCCCCCCACACAUCCCACCAGGAGGCCCAGACUGUCUUCCUGGCUGCGGUUAUUCAGGCUUGCCAUGCUACAACUGUAGUUUGCAGCCUGUCCCCCCCCAGAGAGAGAGUAACGGCCCACUGACAAAUGUGAUGCCUGCUGUGCCACAGAAUGCGAUACCUUCAACUUUUAUACCUCAUGUUUUUACCGUGGAACUGCAGGAUGACAUGGUCGGGAGCAAUGUACAUGGUAAUGCAGAGCAAGACCAUGUCAUCUUGCACAAUGAAGAGGAUCCUCGAGCUAAGAAAAGGCGCAGAACAUGCUUGUCUAUACUAAUUGCUGUUAUAGCUGUAAAUGUGGCCUUCCAGAUGUUUAAGCUGCUUUAAGAAAUUUAAAAAGCAUUUUAUAUAGAUUUAUAUAUGUAUUAUCACAUUAUUUGUUUAUUUUUUACCCUGUGUAAUUAUCCUUGAUUAUAUUUCAGAAGUUAAAUGCAAUAUGCUUAGUAAAUUAAAAGCAGUAACUGAUCAGAUAUCCUGUCAUAUUGCAUUACUGUAUUUUGAUUAAUAUUAAUCAGCUCUCAAAGUUAUCAGGGCAUAAACAUUUCGUUUUUAUGCCUUUCUGUGUCUGAACUAAUGUAAUAUAUGUUUUGUGAAUUAUGAUAUAUUGCAUAAAUAUAACUAUCUUGCUAUAUUUGGAGAAUGCUUGUUAGCUUGUAUGUUACAGUGAACUGAAUUUGAAAGAAGAAAAGAGGAGGGAAACUGUGAGGAUAAUGGUGAUAAGGAGCUUUAUAAGAAGGAAAGAAAUUAAUGGUGUUGUCUAUGAAAGGAUAUUUCAGGAUUCAUACAUUAUUAUAUAUAUAUCUUGAUUUGAGGAAGAAGAUAUUUUUUAUACGGCCUGCUAUUGGAGAUUCAGAAUGAAUUCUGCUUUUAUUGUAGGAAAUGAUUGAGUUAAUAUUUUUCCUUGUAUUUUUUUUCAUUAUGAAUACUAAGCAUGUUUUCAAUUUUGAUGAUAUUCUGUAUAUUAGUAUAUCGGUAAAAGUUGACUGAAGUUACAUGUAACAUACCAGUUUUGAUUAUUAAUGGAGGUGUCUAUUCCUUUUUUUCUGCUUAGUCAUUGCCUAUUUUAAAAGAUGUUCUGUGACUUCUGAUGUUUUACACCUACCCUUUUAAUAUGACAAAUGUAAUGCGUUAUUCGCACAGCACAUGAAAAUCUGUGAUUAUGAUGUACCUAUAUGAAGUGUGAAUUAUUUUGUUAAUACAUUUUCUAAAUUUU